ACGGGAGGAGGAAGAGGAGUGGAGGGCUAGGAUGCUGCGUGCUGGGAAGGGCGCUUUGCCCGGGGAGGGAGCCGGGAGGAUAGGCGAAGGUGAAGGAAAUGGGGCAGGGGCGUGGGAAGAGGAGAUGUUGAGCAAGCUUUCUACUUGGUGCUGGAGACAGCAAUGAACAAGACAGACGGGAUUCUGCUAUCUUGAAGUUUACAGUCUGGAGACAGCCGGAGACUGAAGGGGGCCAUCCAGAGGAGCACGGAGACAGGCCUGGCAGUGGAGAUGCCCAGCCGGACGCUGCGCCAGGCCAGUCACGAGUCCAUCGAGGACAGCAUGAACAGCUACGGCUCGGAGGGCAACCUUAACUAUGGGGGAGUUUGCCUGGCAUCGGAUGCACAGUUCAGUGACUUCCUGGGCAGCAUGGGGCCAGCACAGUUUGUGGGCCGCCAGACCCUGGCCACCACGCCCAUGGGAGAUGUGGAGAUCGGCUUGCAGGAGCGCAAUGGUCAGCUGGAAGUGGACAUCAUCCAGGCUCGGGGACUGACAGCCAAGCCAGGCUCCAAGACACUGCCAGCGGCCUACAUCAAGGCCUACCUGUUAGAGAACGGCGUCUGCAUUGCCAAGAAGAAGACCAAAGUUGCUCGCAAGUCACUGGACCCACUGUAUAACCAGGUGCUGCUGUUUCCUGAGAGUCCCCAGGGCAAAGUCUUGCAGGUGAUCGUGUGGGGAAACUACGGGCGGAUGGAGCGGAAGCAGUUCAUGGGUGUGGCCCGCGUGCUGCUGGAGGAGCUGGACUUGACCACCCUGGCUGUGGGCUGGUACAAGCUCUUCCCCACCUCCUCCAUGGUGGACCCAGCCACAGGUCCCCUGCUGCGGCAGGCAUCCCAGUUGUCCCUCGAGAGCACCGUGGGGCCCUGCGGGGAGCGAUCUUAGUGCUGGGGAUGGGGAGGGGCUCCCCGAGAUGGCCUGGAGACCACCCAGCCCUGACCUGGGACCCCAGGCCCAGGGGCACACUGAACAGGAGGAUGGGGUUCUCCCCCACAGUGGGGAAGCAGAUGGGGAGACCUGCCCCCCUUGGGCCCCUCCUCACCUCUUUUUUGCCUCCUACCCCCUGAGACCUUCCCUCUCCCAACGGGAUUGGCUACACUUUUGACUUGGCCGGUUCUUGACCUGGUGGCUGUGGCUGUAAUCCGGAGAAAGGAAAGACUGAGGUGGCAGAGCAGACCACUCUCCUGCCCUAAACACUGUCCAACUUCUCCUCCUUUUUGCCUCCUCGGAAGCUCGCUGCCCAGAGCCAAGUCCAGAACCCAGCCGGCCAUCUCCAUGGUGCCAAUUACCAGCAAGUGUCUUUCCUGCGGCACCGGGUUCAGGCAGCUACUCCUACCCCAGAGCUGAUGGGGCAGCCUUGCAAGGAUCCGGAGCCAGCUUCUGGGGGCCCAGAGCCCCCCACUUGAAGAGGAGCUCAGGCUUCCCUCUGCCUGCCCGUGGAAGGAGCUUUGCCGCAGCCUGUCCGAGUCCAUCUGUCUGUCCCCUCCUGCCUGCCCCUCUUCCGGUGACUCUAGGAAUUGGGGUCCAGCAGGGGCCAAAGGAAAGGAGGAGGUACUCAGGGCCUGGCAUAGACCCCAGGGUGCCUCACUCUAUGGGAUUGCAACACGCUAGUUUGGGAACUGUUGGUGGAUUGGAAAGAAUGUUGUCAUCUUUGUUUGGCGGAGGGGCUCCAAGCCUAGAGAGCUCACCAUCUUUGCAUUUGGGGGAGGCUGAGGAAAGUUGGAAUUGGGACUGGUGGUGCCAAGGUAAGGGUUUCUCAAACAGGAGAACCCCUCCUUGUUGAUGAGGUCAGAGGUCAUCUUGUCUACCCCUUUGCCUCUGGGCCAGGGAUCUGGGGAGGCACUAGAGCCCCCCCCAUUUUAGUCUUUUUAAACAAACCAUCCUGUACCAAGGGCAGAACCCACUGCCCUGGCCUCAACUACCUUGGCUGGAGGAAAGAUAGUGGGAGAAAGAGAGUGAAGAAUUGGGAGAUUCCUUCUCAAGCAGGCCUGGGUGGCUGCCUUCCCAGCCCGGCCCUCCCUUGGGCCUGUGGGAGCCCUUUUGCAUGCAAGGGAGGAGGCAGGCUGGCCCCUCUUUAUAGAAGCACAUUUCUGCCACCUCCCCUGGGAGGCACCCAGCAGCCUACCACUCCUCUGUACCUAGUCCCUGCUGUGUAGGGCGUAGUCCAGGUUAGCUGGGUAGAGUUAGCAUUUCCAGCCCUGGGGCCUGUUCUUAGCGCAUACAUAGUCCUUACAGAGACCCAGAACGGGGUGGAGAGGAGACACAAGUACAUUCCAGGAGACCGCUGUCUCAGCUGGCCUGGGCCUCCUCCUCUGCCCCUUCCUUCCCCUGUCCCCUGUAGGGUUGUAGCCGGAACUGCCCAUUAUAUUCAUAUGUUCUGAUUUAUUAUCCUUAGUACCGGCUUUCUUUAUGAGGCGCUCCUGGGGAUUGUAGGGCCUUGACAGAGGGCCCUGGUCUCCACUAGAGAGUGUCGUUUUCCACUGAGGACACCCAGGCUAUCUUUUGUUCCACCCUGUUCCCGGUCCCACCAGGUGAUUCCUUCCACCUGGAGGUUCUCCCCUUCCCUCAGCCUGCCUCAGCCCUGGGUAUCCGUUCAAGUUCUGGUCAGUUUAUGUCACAUCCACAGAGCUUUCUGCCCUGCACUGGGAAGAGGAGGUGGCCAUACCCCUUUAUCCAGGAGGUCUUCAGAGCUUCCUGGGACUGUGAUGGUCGGACCCCAGGGCUAGGGGCAGGAGGGAGCAGGGCUGUGGAUGGACUCACGUUUAAGGCCCAGAAUCAGCCCCUCACCUGUUUGUUCCUUUAACCGGUGUGAUUUCUCUGCUGUGUUUAUUACUCGCCAUUUGAGAUACUUUGAGCCAGGAGAGCGCCUUCUCUCUCCAGCCGUCAUUGCUGUGGUUGUCAGGGGUAGCUUUCCAAGGACAGGGCAGAGGCUGGCUGUCCCGACGACCGGAGGGAGCAGGGGCUUGGCCCUGACAGCUGAGCCCUCCCCUGAUGUCUGCACAGCUUUUAUCCAGAGAGAGAGAGUGCUCGAAGCAAUAACAACACCGUGGGGUGGUCAACGAGGCCCCCUCCAUGACUUUCUUGUUUGUUCUGUGAAAUCUUGCUCACCUCCUGGAGGGGUGGAGUGGCUGGGGGCUGGAGCCCUGUUUCUUAUGUAUCAUCAUGAGCAUGCGCCUCCUUCCGAGGGCCUGUGACCAUUGGGUGUGGGAACCAUUGUCUGUCCUCACCAAGGGGUGGGAGUGUGGGGAGGGGAGUGACAUUAUCAUCAUUAGCUUUGGAGAAGCUUCAGGCCCAGCCUGUCCCCCCUGCUGUCUGAUCCUUUGCCAGCUCAAACCACACCAUCUGAAG